AUGACGGAAAUUGGAGGAGAGGAGCUGGAUUCCACUCUCGCCAUCGCCAAAAGCCUGGAGCAGAGAGUGCUGGACAAAAUUGACGCUUUUAACGCCCGCAAUUUCGAUCCUUCAUCACCAAUAUUCUACUUGAAGCACCCUCAGUGGAGAGUCGAGAUGCCUGCUGCUUUAUCGAGAAAUGAGCUCACACUCUCCGAGCUCCUGGCGGCUUUCCAGAGAUUCAUUGCACAUUGCCCAAGAUAUCAUUUGCGAGCUACGAGUUUCAACUCGACGGUCGACGUCUCUGAGGGAGUCGCCGACGUAUUCGUAGACGUGGAGGCGAGUGGAACCUGGAAAGGCAUCGUGCAAAGACAUGUCACGCUGCAUUACUUCAAACGGUUCAAGGGAGAUUGGCUACAUACAGCGCAGUGCACCAUAAAUGGCGUUGACUUGGAAAUGCCGAAUGCGGCAUGA